AACCCACUCAGAACUGAGCCAACCUGUUGAGCGGAUGGUGUAGGGUGUUGCUUUCAAUCUCUUUUCAUCUACGGGUGGUUCCUUCCCAACCACAUUUCAAACUUCCACCAUUUAGUUUCUUUCUCCUUAAUAAAGGUUAAGAUCCCAGUUUCAUGAUGAAGACUUUGGCGUUUGUUUUUUUGACACUUUGGUCCCUCGUGUUGGCAGAAGGUCAGCAGGAAGAGGAAGACCCUUUCACAUUUGAUUAUUACAGACUUCGGGUUGGUGGUCUGAUCCUGGCAGCAGUUCUGUGUCUCAUUGGCAUAACUAUUCUUCUAAGUGGCCACUGUAGAUGCAAAUUCAACCAGGACAAAAGAAGGAGAACCGGAAGCACAGCCCAGCAGAUGCUCAAUGACACAGCAAGGGCCAGUGAAUGCUAAAAGCCGGUUGACCUGACCUGAACCGAUCAGAGGAGAUGGUCUUGCCUUCCUUUAUCCCGUGUGGUGGUUUAUCAGAAGAACGAUUUCUCCCAAUGAGGAAUCUGAUACGAAGGUUUUCUGUGUUUUCACCGCCUCUCUGCUCCACUUAUCAUAGAGGAACAUGAAAAGUCAUAACUGUGUUUUUCUUUUUUAUGCCAGAUGUGUCUUUUUAUUGUCCUUGUGUGUAAAUUGAUUACCAAAAAUUUAUGGUAAAUUCAAUGUCAGUAAUUGUUUUAAAUUAUCUUGUUAUCAUAAGUAUGACAUGGUGAACUUUCAAUGGCAGUAUCCUUAUCAGUCUUUAAUGAAAACCGUUAACCAAAAAUACGUUUACAAGUAGGCCUACAUUUAAACAACAUUACAUGAGUGUAGUUGUAUUGUUAAGUUUUACACUAGUUGAAUACUCAUAUUUACAUUGGAAUAUUGUCAUGUGCUUGAUUUUUUUUGCCUAUUUCUCACCACAUAUUAAGAGGUUGUUAGUUUUUCUUUUGUGUGGAAAAACGGUCAGUAUCAGUAAAUGUUAAACAAUGAAAUAAAAAAACACUACAACACAAAAACAUGUUUGAUUUGUUU